AUGUCUGGUUCCUCCAGCAUUGCCGCUAUGAAAAAGGUGGUUCAGCAGCUCUGGCUGGAGGCCGGGCUCAACCACGUGAAGGUUUCCCAGGCAGCUGCAGACUUGAAACAAUUCUAUCUGCAGAAUGCUCAACAUGAUCCCCUGCUAACUGGAAUAUCUUCAAGUACAAAUCCUUUCAGACCCCAGAAAGUCUCCUUUUUGUAA